AUGGCUAAGCUUCGAACUGCCAUUGAUUCAUCAUUCUGGGAUUUGAACAUUUCAUCUCCUCAAACCCUUGACGGUUGGGCCAAACAUGUUUCCGGUGACCCAAUUCCCCUUGACAAUUCCGUCUCUAGUAGAGUCUUUCGUCAUCAACAAUUGUCUGAACUCACUUCUUAUGUUCCUCUUACUAUUGUGCCUUCAUUGGCUCCUUCUCCUCGUAAGGAAUGUGGUUCCUUUUCACUUCAGUCGCUUCUCCUUGACCUCACUGGCAAGCAUUGGUGGCUUGCAGUGACUGGACAAUUCCGUCCAAGGAAACUGAUAAUUGAUAUAAAAAAUGAGAUUUCUAAUGCUGUUAAAUUCAAUCUCUCCACGGUUAAGAGUGUUGCAAAGCAUUUCAUUGACAAGUCUCUUUAUUCAUACGGGUUAAACUCUCAGUUCGCCAUUUCUCCUUCAACGUCGGUGCUAUUUGCUUUAGAAGGCCAUGGUGAGAAAGAACGGCGCCGCAAAAAAGUCGUGGUUGUUCACGAGUUUCCUGAUCACGAUCUUACAGUAGAGGCAGCAUGGCCUCAAUUGUUUGUUGACCACAAAGGAAGAUAUUGGGAUGUUCCUGAGUCUGUGUCCAUUGAUUUAUCGUCCCUUGUGUCUAGUUCUGGAUUGCGAUACCGCUUUGGGAUACAUAAGAACGGUGGAAAUCCCCAGGCGUUUGACACAACUGAUAGCGACUCGCCAUUGUCUCUACUGCCAGGGUUAUGUGCCAAAGCUUCUGUUACUUGCAAUAAGAUCAAGUACUUAUGGAAGAACAUUGAGAUCGGGAUUGAUGAGGACUUUGACGAAGAUUUAACUCCAUAUGAUGUGCGACUUAAGGAACCUCAUGCAGCAAUAUCUGGAAUUAUCGGUAGCUCCUGUGCUUCUUGGCUUUGGAAUGGGAAGAAAUCUUCCAGUAUCACUUCGGGAGAAGACCAAGCGGUGACAAAGAGAAAGCAGAGAUCUCGAUUUAAUGCCGAUUUGUUUGGUUCAGUUUGCUUUACUUUUCAGCAUGGAAGAUUCACGAAGGAAUACCGGGAUUUAACCAGGGUAGAUGCUCGUCUAGAUAUAUCUUCAGCUUCAGGACUUGCAAAGAAGAUUUUUAACGGUUUCAAGAGUUCUAGUGACAACAUUAAUGAUCAACCGUCAGCCUCGCCUCGGCUUAACUUAAUAUUUCAACAGCAGGUUGCGGGACCGAUUGUGUUUCGAGCAGACUCACGAAUUGCGAUUGAGUCUUUUACAAGGAAACAUGGUGUGUUCGUUGAAGAUUUCAUUUGCAGCUUGAAUUACUCCUUGGAGUCUCUCGAGUCGGGAAAGAUUGUUGCUUGGUAUUCACCAAAAAGGAAAGAAGGGAUGGUUGAAUUGCGGUUGUACGAGUUUUAA